CUACAUACCUUUUCUCAUCAGAAGUUAGAGCAGUCUUGUGACUUCUAUCAGUGUUCAGGAAAGCACUGGUUAAAGCUUGUAGGAGGAGUUGUCUUUGUGCUCUAGGAGGAUGCAAAACACCUGACCUCUGUUUGUACAGUUCUGAUUGGCCCUGUGAUGAUCACAUGCACUCUCCCAAGGAAAAAAAAAACACUCUAGCAAUAUACACUAAACUGAGCAUGUACAGAAUGGUUACGGUUCCGUCUGUCUUAUCAGGAGAUAAGACAUGGACAUUUGGACAAGAGAAGAAGCAGAGAGGAUCAGGAUCAAACAGCAUUUUUACACAAUGCAGAGGAUUAACCCCUUAGGUUCCACAGUGAGUAUAACAAGCAUGCUUUACUGCAUAUACAGACUGAUUUUAUUGUUGUGUGGGUUUAG